AACAAAAUGUAAAUACCAUAUUAAGACAGAGGAAUAAAGGCCUAGAGGAAAAGAGCAGAAUGGAAGGAGAAGGAGCCCCCGACACCUGGCGUCUCUUCCUGCAGGGAGGGAGAAGCAGACGUCCUACCGACGGACGAUGCUGUUCGGCCUCCAUAGCUCCAGCUGACCAGAUAAAGCCAGCGGGCUUCCUACCAAAGGCGCUCUGUUUCUCCCCUGCGCCGAGCCCGUGGCGUCUGUCAGAGACGGGAGUGUCUCGGUGCACGUGCAGAGUCCCUUCCGCUGAGGCACAACCGCAUUCCUCGGCGCCUCUCCCGGGACGGUCCUUCCGAGCAGUUUCGGAGCUGCCGGGCGGGCAAAGUCCUCCCCAGACCGUGCCCGCUUUGAGUGCCCACGGCCGAGGGAGACCAGCCUCGCCAGGUCCAGGCGAGGGACGGGCCUCCUCCAUCCUCCAGCCAGCCGCUGCCGUCUCCCUCCCUGAGAAGCUUCCUGGAAGGAGGAGCCGGACACCAUCCAGAGCCUGGCUCAGCUGCGCAGCCUGGAGAACUUCACCGAAAUUGUGGGCUGGAGGUUCUCAGCUGUCUUGCUUCUGCGAGCUGCGGUUCCUUUCCUGGCGGCUUUUCCAGCACCUCCGUCUCCAGGAGCUGGUCCUGGUGGGCAACCCGCUCGUGUGCAGCUGUGGCCUUCGGUGGCUGCAGGUCUGGGAGGAGAGCCGGCAGGCCGAGCUGUCCAGCAACCAGUCCUUGCAGUGCCUGGAGGCGAGCGGCAAGGAGACCCCCCUGAGCGAGAUGCGCCUCCAGGGCUGUGCGACAGGCCGCGGGCGUUCUGUGCCCCUGCAGGUCUCCGACUCCCAGCUCGUGCUCCAGAUGGUCAGGGUCCCCUCGCAGUUCAACCUCCAGAACAUCACGUGCCAGGCGGAGAACGAGGCGGGACUGGACGAGGCCGUGGCCCGGCUGAACCUGACCUGCGUCUCCAUCCAACCCGGGCCAAGCCCAGAAGACGGCCUCCGCCCAGCCCCGACGGGUCGCCCGCAUCGCCUCCAGCGCAGUCCAGGGGCCUUCCGGCUCAGCGUCCUCCCUGUGGGACGGGGGGGGGCAAGGGGGGGAUUUGUCAAAGUCCGGCUUUCCCACCCGUGGGCUGAAGAAGGCUGGAGGGAGGCGCCGCCAUGUCCGCUGCCGCCUGAGGCCCCGAUGCCCCAGGAGGCUCAGGGUGGGUCAAGGAGUGGCUGGGAGGGCAGGGCAGGGCAAGGGAGGGGGCGCAGGGUGCCUGCGAGGACCUCCAGGGCCCAGGUACGCUCACCCUCCCGCCUUCUCUCUCUCUCUCUCUCUCUCUCUCUCUCUCUCUCGGCUGCCAUAGUGUUCCCUGAACUGGGCACAGACGACAGGAACCGUACCGGGCAGGACCCCGUGGAGACCUCCAAGGAGCACACCGUCGGGAUCUCUAUGGCCGUGGUCCUGGCCGUCUGUGCCGGCCUCUUCCUCUCCAUCAUGCUGAUCAUCCUCAACAAGUGUGGCCAGCACCCCAAGUUUGGAAUUAACCGUUCCACCAUCUUGGGCCACGAGGACGACCUGGCCGUGUCCCUGCAGUUCAUGAACGUGGGCGGCCGCAGCAGCCCCUCUUCGUCCGCAGAGAGCAAGCUGGACGCCCUGAAGACCAACUUCAUUGAGAACCCUCAGUACUUCUGCAACACCAGUGAGUCUGGCCAGGGCAGUCGGGAGGAGGAGGAGGAGGAGCCCUUUUUGCUUCUUCCCAAGACGCUGAAAGAGGCCACGGAAAACGCCCGGCUGGAUUUCCAGCGGGAAGCAGAGCUGCUGACGGUCUUGCAACACGAACACAUUGUCCGUUUCUAUGGGGUCUGCACGGACGGGGAGCCCCUCAUCAUGGUGUUUGAGUACAUGAAGCACGGAGACCUCAACCGCUUUCUCAGGUCCCACGGGCCGGACGCCAAGAUCCUGGACGGCGGGAGCGGCCCCUCCUUCGGCCAGCUGACCCUGGGCCACAUGCUGCAGAUUGCCGCCCAGGUGGCCUCCGGGAUGGCCUACCUGGCCUCCCUCCACUUUGUCCACCGGGACCUGGCCACCCGCAACUGCCUGGUGGGCCACGGCCUGGUGGUGAAGAUCGGGGACUUCGGGAUGUCGAGGGAUAUCUACAGCACUGACUACUACCGGGUCGGAGGUCGGACCAUGCUGCCCAUCCGCUGGAUGCCUCCCGAGAGCAUCCUGUACAGGAAGUUCACCACCGAGAGCGACAUCUGGAGCUUUGGGGUGGUGCUGUGGGAGAUCUUCACCUACGGGAAGCAGCCCUGGUACCAGCUCUCCAACACCGAGGCGAUCGAGUGCAUCACGCAGGGCCGGGAGCUGGAGAGGCCUCGGACGUGCCCUUCCGAGGUUUACGACAUCAUGCAGAGCUGCUGGCAGAGGGAGCCCCAGCAGCGCCAGAGCAUGAGGGAGAUCCACGGCCGGCUGCAGAGCCUCGUCAAGGCUCCCCCCGUCUACCUGGCCAUCCUCAGCUAAGGGGCUGAGCUGGGGCCGAGGGAAGGCGGGCCGGCUGGCCGUCUUCACCCUCCACCCCCCCCCACCCCACCCUGGCCCAACCCAGCCUCCAGCGACCUCCAACCGACGGUUGUACGGAAGGAGCCCCAAAGACCCCAGCCUGGCCAACGCCGGGGGCGGAACGGACCCAGACACACAGGAGGACUCGGCCCCCGGUUGUGUCCGUCGCCCAGCGGAGGAGAGGAAGGGACUGAGGGCGUGUUUGCGCGAGUCGGCCGGAGAGAAGGAAGACGUGAGCGAGACCUGGGUGUCGGAGGGCCCUCCUGACACCACCUGCCCCUUCUCCAGGAAGAGCGAGAGAAAGGGAGAGGCAGAGGGAGCAGCCGGGAGGUGCCUCCCCCCCCCCGUCCUUCAG